AUGGCUAUGUGUAAGUUGUUUUUAUUAUUGUUGUUGGUCCAAUUCCAUGAGCAUCAAGCUUGCUAUGAAGAGGAGAGGAGGAGUCUAUUGAAAAUCAAGGCAUACUUCCAAUCAAAUGGGUAUGCAGACUAUUUUCUUCGACCUUCAUGGGGUGAAGAUGAUCCAGACUGUUGCCGUUGGGAGAGUGUCAAGUGCGCUAACACCACGGGUCAUGUCAUUGAACUUUCUCUUGGCAAUGUAGGCGAAAGUAUUUAUGGAGAACCCUUACCAUGUAUGCUUAACCAAUCUAUAUUCCAGCCAUUUAAGGAGUUAAGGAUUCUCAAUUUAAGUUGGUAUGGGAUUAAUCUGAUUCAGAAGGAAGGUUUAAGUGAUUUGUUGAGACUGCAAAAGCUUGAGACUUUGGAUCUUUCUGGUAACUCUUUUUCAAAUAACUCUUUACAGUCCUUAAGUGCUCUCACAUCACUUAAAAAUUUGAUUCUACGUAACAAUUACGUGGAAGGAUCCUUUCCUGUCCAAGAAUUAUCUGUUUUGGAAAACUUGGAGUUUUUGGAUUUGAGCAGCAACUAUCCAAGAGGUUCUCUAACAAUGCAGGGUUCUAAUGGCUUGUUGAGACUGCAAAAGCUUGAGACUUUGGAUCUUUCUAGUAACUACUUUUCAAAUAACACUUUGUGGUCCUUAAGUGCACUCACGUCUCUUAAGAAGUUGAGUCUAAGUGACAAUCACAUGGAAGGAUCCUUUCUUGUCCAAUAUUUAAAAAAGUUAUCCAAACUAAGAAAGUUGGAGUACUUGGAUCUGAGUUACAACUACUUCAACAAAGAUAUUAUGAGGUUAUUGGAAUUUUUGCCCUCCCUCAAAUUUCUCAAGCUUUUUUGGAAUGACAUGGAAGGGUCCCUCUCUGACCAAGAAGAAAUUAUUGAGAGUGAUAUCAAGAAUGACAAGCUGAAAGGAAAUGAAGCAUCUGGCAAGAGAGUCUCGAAGAAGAAAGAGACUGAAGCUCAGGCUGAUGAUAAAGCUAUACCCUGGAGAUAUGACUAUGAUACUAUAGUUUAUGGGCAAGAAGAGGAUGUCUCCAAAGCUGACACUUCCAAUAUAACUGGUGUAGGAGGCAUUACCCGAAGUGAGAGGUGCUACACUCCAGAAAUGUUAGAGAAAGCUAGAAGAGAGAAGGCCAAAGAAGAAGAAGGAUAA